UUUUUGUAAACAUGGAUAUAAGUAAUUUAGACUGUCCGCAGUUUGUUAACUUUCCAAUAGAAGAGUUGGAAUUAGUGUACACUAUGGAAGAUAGCUUAAAUAUUGAAAAACAUGUUGAAGAUUCAUGUAUAGAUUCAAGUGUUCACAAUGAUGACGAAGAUAGUUUCAUUGUCAUUGAAGAUUCUUCUGAUACAGAAAACUCAAUAUCAAAGAAUGAGGAAUCCAGUGAUAAGCAACAUGAAAUUAGUUCAGAAACUGUAAAACAUGGCAAAACACAAAGCGAUGCCUCUGAUCAAUUUGUCAGUGCGAUUGGCUCAUUUUUUGAAGAUAAUUCUUGCACAAAGGACGAUGUUAUAGUUCCUAUCAAAGCUGAAGUCCAUUCGGAACAUGUUAUAGAUAACAAGCUGCAAAGUGAUGCCUUUGAUCAUUUUGAUUGUUUGGUUGCCUUUGUUUCCACACCAAUCUCUUGCAAUAGAUUUGAAGUCUCUUCAGAUCAGGUUAAAACUGAAAACAUCGAAAGUGUUGUCUUUACUCAUCUUGACAGUGUUGUUGACUCAGUCUCUAAAUCACUUUCUUGUGAAGGGCCAGACUCUGAUUCAGAACAUAUCCACGUAGAAAAGACAUCAAGUUUUGUCUUAGGUCAAAGUGACUGUACUGUUUAUUUAGAUGCAGAAGAAAGUCCUAAUAAAGAAAUUGCCCUUUCGCCAAAUAUUAAAUCUGAAGACCAUGCAGAACACAUUAUAGAUACCACGCUGCAACGUGAUGUCUUUGAUCACCUUGACUCUAUGGUGGACUCAGUUUCCACAGCAAUCUCUUGUGCAGGAUCUGAAGUUCAUUCAGAACAUGUUAGAGAUGAAACAGUGACAAGUGAUGUCCCUGAUCAAUGUGUUUCCACGGUUGACUUGGUUUAUGAAGCAAUCUCUUGUGAAGGAUCUGAAAUUCAUUCAGAACAUGUUCAAGAUGAAGAAGUGCCAAGUGAUGUCCCUGAUCAAUGUGAUAACACAGUUGACUCAGUUUCUAAAUCAAUUUCUUGUGAAGGGUCUGGAGCUGUUUCAGAACAUACCAACGAGGAAAAAACAUUAAACUAUGUCUUUGGUCAUAGUGAUUGCACAGCUGAUUUGGAUGAGGAAGAAAGUUCUAAUAAAGAAAGUGCCCUUUCAGCUCAUAUCGAGUAA